GUUCGUUUGUUUGUUUGCAGACCGUCGUAUACGUAUCGAUAUCGAUGCACACGUCAUUCGAUCAGUUACUCGCGUUCCUUGACACGCCGGGCGAGCAGACGGCAGCGGUCUUCAGCCACGCGCUCGGCCAUGCACUCGUCAAGGUCACAGAGCUCGCCACGUUCCAAUCGCAGGCUGACUGGGCACUACCAUCACUCAAUACGAAAGAAGGGGUUUCGCUUGUUCAAUCGAUCUCGGCACCACACCCACGCCGCAAUACGCGCACAGCCCGCCAGCGGGAGAGAUAACAUUCGAUGAGUACGUUGCGUCACACACAGGGCACCUCCGAACAUCCUCAGGCAGCUCCAGCCUCAGCGUCAGGCUGCACAGGGCCACCCUCCCACCGCAUGAGUGACACCGCCACGCCAGGGCGGACAGGAACCCGUUGCAGCGAGGGUUUGGGCACACGCCGGAGAGGAAUGACUCAGUGCCGCUCCUCUGUGAUGCGAUAACCCCUCUCAGCCACUCAAUGCGGCUCCUGACAGCAUGCAUACCCACCUCUCACCGUCAUGUCUGUGCGUGCAGCUUAUGUGUGUGUUCACCCUUCAUCUGGCGACAGGUAUCGAGCGUAUUCCUUGCCCAGGAGGAUGGCGGCGAUCUUGUCAGCAGCAGCCAUGUCACCCUGCCGGAAUGUCAUGACGACCGCCUGUUUGCCGAAGGCAGCCGCAUGGCGACUCGCCACGGGCACGCGGAGCAGAGCCACCCACAACGCUGCUACCUUCUCGGUGGGCUCGUCCAUUGCACUCCACACCUGCACACACCCAGACAGACAGGCAUUGUGGAUGGAUGGAUGGAUAUGUCAAAGUCGCUGUGUGCCGGUUCACCUGUGCUGUGAGUAGAACCCUCGACACGAGAAGGUAGUUCGUUGCGACCCGGAAGCGGCUCCUUAUCUGCUCGGGGGGCGCCAACUGGGCGGCCAUUGGCGGCAGGAGAGGGUCACUCGGCUCGACGACCAGAUACCCCGCCGACUGAACGAACGUCACCAGCGCACCCACCGUCGCUUGCAACAGCUCCGUUGCCUUCUCGACUUGCCGCGCAUCGAAAGCCUCAAGCGCUCCGUGGAGGAAGGAGUCAACCAUGGGCAGCACUGAAGUGCUGAGGGCCUGCACGUUCGGGUGGUCCACGAUGACGUCCUUGCCGACGAGCACGUGGUCGAACUCCAGCCCCAGCCCCUCCUUGGCGAAUCGCUUGAGGCGGUCGGGCUGCAACUCCUCUGCAGGGGCGAUCGACUCGAUGAUUUCGCGCUGCUCGCCCUCUGUGACCUGAAACGCUGGCAGUGACUCCUCCUCUUCAGGCUCGUGUGCCGGCGCCUCAGUCGUCACGACUCCAUUCUCCUUGGGUGAUGGCUCGGCGGGCACGGCAGGCGCAGCAGGCAUGCUCUGGGUGAAGUUGAAGCUGUCCAGCGGCCCGGGCUCUUGACGCUCCUCUUCCGGCCAGCCAGCGUCCCAACCACCGAUGGCCCAUGGCUCCUCUCCCCCUGUCGACUCCUUCCGCAUCUCCACAGCCACAUCCUCCAGCGUCGUGGGCUCCUCAGCCUCCUCAAUGGGCUCGAUUUCAUGGCCCCCCCGCGACUCAGGAGAGACCGGCAGCUCCUCUCGUGACGACUGCGACUUGCUCGACGUCGACACGAAUGACAUCUGCUUGCGCCUCCUCGUGGUUGCCCGAGGGCCCCUGGCUGCCGCCUUGCUGCGGCGGGAGGCUCUCUCCGCGUCGACUGACUUCUCCGUUGGUGGCGCAAGGGAGAAGCUGACCAGGGGAGGGGGCGGGAUGACGGCAGAUGUGUCGGCAGGCCCCUUCAGGCGCUCGCCUUGUGACCGUAUCCUGAACGAGGAUAAAACAAGAAAGAAGGGCACAAUGAGGUUCUCGCAUGCUGCCGCCUGCCGCUUCUGUGAUGCCCCUACUUGAUCUUCUUGAAGCGCGACGCGGCUGCAUCCUCCGUCGCACAUGACAGCACGCGACCUCGCUGCUCGUCGAUCACACCCACAGGCCUGCAGAAGAAGGAUGACAUAACGCACACGACAGCGGUCCAUCGCUGCACAUAUCUUGGCUCCAGGCUGACCUGCAAAAGCCGAAGACCCGUAUCUCUGCGGCAUCGAAAGCGUCUCCCUCACCCCCGAUGGCCAGAUCAGCCCCUUUCUCCACCAUCGGCCCAGAAUCCUUGGGCAAGUGGACGCAAAAGUCAGCGGCGUCGUGGGUCGGGGAUCCGCCCAGCCUGAAGGUGAGGGACUUGGCAGCGUCGGAGCAGAUGACGGCCAGGUGGAACCACUGGCCUUCUGGGAUGGGAGGCCCCUUUGGAGAUGAAAGCUCAGCCGAAGACGACUUGAGUGUGAAGGUGGUGCCUGCUGCCGCAAGAACGCACGAGAUGCGGAAUGAGGAGUCGCGGGAAAGAGGAGAGAUGGUGCUUGGGGACGCCUUCACCCUGACAGACAGGAAGAGAGCAACAAUGUAGGUAGACCAAACGCACGCCCACUUCCAAUACCUACCUGAUCCACAUCUCCAAUGUCCACCCUGCCGUGCCCUCUUCACCACCCCGCGAGCACGCGUGCUCAAUCUCCUCGGCGGCAGCGUGAGCAAUGCUCCCAGCUGCCCGCGAGCCGCCAACAAGGUCCAGUGUUGCAUCACCAUGCUGCGACUCCAGACCAAGGGCCUGGCCCUUGCCGAGCGUCACAGCCCACCCUGGUGGCGCGCCCGUGCCCCACUCGUCCUCGAACUCCACCGGUUCGCCGCUGCUGAGGGCCUCAUGCCAGAACUGGCCGGCUGCGAGUGCCUUUCGGACGGCUGCCCGGCGGCCGCAUUUGCUGCUGUCGUUGACGGUGUCGCCCUCGCCCUCGGCGCACCGCCAGUAGAGUAGGAGGCCGGGGGGGCUGGGGGCGAUGACCACCUGGUCGUCAAGUGGAGCUUGAGACGCCUUGGCAGCAUCUUCCGAGGGGCGCUUGCCUGAUAGAAAGAAUACACUCAUAGGGGAAUGAGGAACAGAUCGCCUUGCGCACCUUGCUGCCUUUCAGAGACUAGUAGCGUGGCGACCGUCUUACGGGCACUCGGCUGAUGAUCGAGAACGGACACAGUAAUAGAGAGGUGACUGACUUUGGGUGUGUGCAUAACUUUGUUGAAGUACCUGGGGUGUGGUCAUGCCGAGAUGCUCCUUAAUGGACGAGGGCAAGAAGGGCGCGAUCUGGCCCUCUCGCGUCAUCAAGAGCACCGGUGUAGUCUGAACAUAUGACACAGCACAGAUGAAAACAUAACAUGCAACGCUGCUCCCUGCACGGCCCAUUGCCCACCUGCUGUGCGGGCCUCAGAGGUGUCCUCAGCUGAGCGACGUCCGGCAGCGAUCCAGUGCUGGAACUCCGCCCGCUGGCCGCCAGUUCUCUCACCAACACCUCCACAAAGGGAUCCCUCCUCACGCCGAACACGUCCAGUGGCAGCCGGCGACUCGUGAACACCCGGUCCAGCAUAUUAUACGGGGGCUGAGGUAGGGAUGCCAGCCGAUGGGGCGAUAGCAGAGGGUCUGUGUGGUGGGUCAAGGCCGCUUCCAGGACGCUAUCUACGGGCAGCAAGCUGCUGUACGGCAAGAGCAGGCGCAACCCUAGCUGGGCGGCCGUCUCGUCAGCCGCGCCACCCUCGGGAUCACCUCUCAUAGACCGAAUGCACGCCAGCAAGCGCUCACGUCCUCCUUCUUGCAACGGACCGGCCAUCCUCACCAGUGCGGUCAAGAGGGCUCGCAUAGUGGUGCCGGUUGUGUCCUCGGUGACCAGCUUGCGGAUCACUGCUCGGACGGCGCCUUCAUCAAUCCUCUGGUACUGCUCUCGCUGCUUCUUGGUCAGUGGCGCGUGUGACGUCACGUCGGCCCCCAUCCCGAACAUCAGCCCGACGGCGUGUGCGAGUGCAGUGCUCUCGGGGUCUGCCGCCCUUUCCCCCGCCCCUCGCCUCCUGGUGCCUGAAGGAGGUUGUCGGUGGCUGGCGAUGGCUUGGGCGACGACAGCCUCACCAUCACUUCUCCAUUGUGGCGGGGGCACAAGAGUAGCCAGACUGUCCCAUAAUGGGGGGACGGCUGAUGCUGAUCCAGAUCCAGAUGCCGAUGCAGACUCGGGUAGAAGGCACCGGGGUGUCAGAUACGAGACAUCGAACGACUUGGUCAGCUGCUCGACCGUCGGCUUGGUCAACACACCCCCCUCACCCUCACUCUCGCGGCCCGCACCCACAGCCACCCGCCUCUGCGCCACCCGCAUCAAGGUCUCCAGCAAGGCCACCGGCCGAGCAAGCACAAUGCCCUUCGGAUGGAUGCCCCUUGCCCAUGACGCUCCGCCACCGGUGCGCAGCUCUUGGUCAGGGGGAUCCUGUCUGAACCGAUAGCUGAACAGCAGCAAGCGGUCGGGCAAAGCACCGAUGAUCAGCGGGGGGAGCUGCGAACACAGCAGUGGGUGCAAGGGGGGCUGCGUGGGCAUUUCGGCGUCUGAUGGAGGAAUGUCCGUGUCGCAGGUGAAGACUGCAAGGGGCGUCGCAACAGCCAGGACGGAUCCCGAGAGGAGCCAGGUGAGCGAGACGACCCGAUCUGUCGGCGACCUGCUGGCGAACAUGUCGAGCAGGACGGUGUUGGUCCAGCGUGUUGGCUUGGAGCCCUCGUCCUGCCGCAGCACCACCACAUAACGCGGGGUGGCAAGACCGACCGAGUGGGAGUGCGAUGAAUCACCUGACAGAGAAGAGACAACAGGCGAGUCGCUUGAUGGGGAAAUCGCCUCCGUAUGGUGGUUGCUGUUACCCGCAUCAGUGGACACCGACCAGCUGAAUGAGACCAAGGGGUGUGCAUGAGGAAGGUCAUCAGGACACGUGAAGGCUGGAGAGCGGAGCCUGGCUCCACCCUGCGGCCGAUGCGUGUCCAGGAAAGACAGCGAGCCAUCCUUGCGCGACCAGACGGCAAUCGUGGCACCACCACUGAACGAAAGACACACACACACACACACAUGCAUAUCGCAUGAACCGAUGUCUGCUGGCCUUGUUGGUUUGUUGGCCUGUUAUGUCAGUCACCUGAGUGGAGUGGGUCGAAGAUCGUGAGCCCAAAACGAAAGGUCCUCUCCGUCGGGAGAUGCCGCAGCCGACUGGUCUCCCUGACAAACAAGAAAGCAUGUCACAACAAUGCCAUCACUGCGAUUUAGCGAUCCAGUGAUGCCUUCCUACCAGUGGGAGCACUUCAAUGCGGCUUGAGGGUGGUGCGCUUUCGGGUGCUGCUGGCUUCUUGUCCUUCAACACAGCGAUCCCUGUCGGUGCGCCGUCCCAUCCACCGACAAGAGCAGCGUCGACGGCAUCUUUCACCCUCAGCAACACGCUCCCCCGAUCCACCGCCCACAGCUCUCCCCCUCCCCCCUGCCCCUCCAAAGACACGCCAAUUAGAACGUGUGUCGGGGCCGCCUUGACGCUCCUCGGCCGACAAUCCACGAUCGACAGCACCCGCACACCAGCUGCACCAGCUGCAGCUGUUGCUGUUGCUGCUGUGGGCAGCCCCACCCCGCCGCCGGCAGGGCCGCUGGUGACGUGCUCGAAGGCGGUUUGCGUCUUGCCCGUGACCAGCGAGUAUGUCUUGAUGCGGCCUUGAGAGAGGUAGAGAAAGGACGAGGGCGCCUCGAUGGAGGGCUUGACCGUCAGCUGGGGGCUGGCGUGUGGGGUGAUGGUGAGGAGGCUGUCGACGGACGGCGCGCAUGGGAGGGGCGUGUAUGACUGCAAGCAAGGGGAAUCACUCACAAAGAGAGCAGGCACUGUUUGGUGGCUUCCUCGAGAUCUGACCCGUUCGAAUGACGUCCCAUGUGUCAGCGACUGCAGCACGUCCACCACACCAAGACGCCAGAAGCCCGCCUCCGGACCUUCCUUCGCCCGCACAGGCAUGGCCACCUGCCACGGACUCAGCCAGUCGAGCAGACCCCCACCCCGCCGCCCAAAUCGCUCAAAAGCAGUGGGAAUCACCGCCAGCUCGGCUGACGGCGGCUGACUCAGCGGGUAGAGAGUGCGAUACCACUGCAGGGUGGCAGGUGGACCGGCAGAAGGCUUCUGCUUUGCCGAUGCUGCCGCUGCUGCUGGUGCUGCUCGUGUGGUGGCCACGAGGUGGCCCCAGAGCAGUCGGCCGUCUGUGAGAAGGGCGAGGAGGGUGGCUGAGGGCGCGGGGCAGAGGGGAGGGUGCCAGCAGAGGCCCGCUAUGGGCUGGUCCAACACACUGGACGCCACCAACAGAUCGCGACCCACACUACAGAGCACACAAGACAACACCCAUGAGCGAACCCUCAGCAUCUUUCCCGCGUGCUGAACUAGCUCGCUCACCUGGCCGGUUUCCCGAAUCUUUUGGGUUUGAACUGGGUGGUCUCCACGUGCAGGAGGAACUCAGCGAUGCCCCAGACGCUGACAACGCCCCUCCCGUCGCCCGUCGCGAGCAGAUGUGGCGGCCCCGCCCGAUCUGCAGGCCCGCCGUCACCCCACAGCGACAUGCACGUCACACCGCUAGACGCCCAUCUGUCCUGGAGAUGACACACAGGCACACAACCAUCGACGAAAGCAUCCUUCCUCCUUCCUCUCUCUCUCUCUCUCUCUCUCUCUCUCUCCCUCUCUCUGUCUGGGUGCUCCACCCACCCUCAUUGGGUCACUUGGCGCCUUCGGAGCACUGACAGGCCUGGCCUCAAAAGCCAGCACAUUCAACAGCUGCAGGGUCGUCUUCUCCCUCGCCUUUAGCCGCCGCUUGCCGUCCGUCUCAGAGGGAGGGAAAUUGAGGCACCAAAACACACCCACCCUCCCCCCAUCCGCCCCAAGGAACAGCAGAUCCGCCGUGGGGUGGGCGAGGAUGCUCGUGACGGUGCGCAGAGGGUGUGGGAGGUCGAUCUCUAGCCACGCGGUGUUCUUGCCUCCCGCAGUGAGCAGCGCCUGAGUCGAGAAGCAGUGGAUGCUGCCAGAAUCCAGUUGGACAAACGUGGUCGCAAGGCGGUCAACCAUCGCACCAGCCCCGACACACGAGCCCAGCACGGAGGUGUCGAACUCAUCAAAUGCGGUCGGCCGGAAGACGUUCUGCAGCUCCAGCGUCGCCGCGUUGAACAGGACGGUGAAGCCAGUCCUCAGCAUCACCAGGAUGACCUGCUCCUCGAGGCACAGCUGGCAGAUGAGCACCAGAUCUUGAUCUCGGUCUCUCUCGGAUUCGACGAAGUGGUCGAUAGGGACGGCCAUCGAGUCGAGCAGACCGAAGGAGCCCGCUGCCACCAGUGUCAGGUGAAGAGCCACGCCGUCUGUGGCGUCGAUGUGGUAGAGAAUCAUCGUAUGAGCGUGGUGGAAAGGCAGACAUCGGACGAUGGACGCCCCGGCUGCAGGGGCGGUGAAGAUCUCCAUUGUCACUGCG